AUGACCUGCACCCACAGGAUCCUCGGACUCAUUGGUCGGAAAUCCGAACCAAUGAGCUUCGACCAUUCGGACGAGUUCGUAGAGAGCCCCCGGUCCAAGGGCUUGUCUGGCUGUUUCCCCUGUUCCCCGGUCUGUCAACUCCUUCCCAUGCAGAAGAACGAUGUACUUGUUGAUUUUUAUCUUGCUACUGUGAAAGUUCAAUCUCAUGAAUUUCAUCUUUGCCAUUCAAAUUUAUCUGAAGAUGACUCAACGGUACUUUUGCGUGAGACAGAACAGGUUCGCCGGGAGCUAGGACAGGCAAUGUUCAAUCUCCUGAAUUCCGCUUUGCCCUCCUGUUGCCGGGAGUCUAGAGUGUAUCGUACAAAAUAUACUGAAGAGGUGGAUAUCCGAAAUUUAGAGAAAUGUCUUGUUGCUGCGGCUAACAAGGUUGUCACAUUUGAUCCAAGCGCAUCCCCCAGAGAAAUGGAUCUGCGUCCAGCGCAGCCAAGUGCAUCUGCAUUUUUGGAUGUUCUAUCCCAAGUCCAGUGUCUUGUGGCCAAUCAAAUCGAGCUUGCAUUGGCUGCCACCGAUCGAGCGUUGCUUAGCAAGGGAGAGGAUGAGGAUAAAACUGAUACUCAGAGCGGUUCCUCUGGCUCAGUGGGUUCCGUGCCUGCCACUUUUUUACGACAAAGGUCUCCAGAGCGGACACCGGCUUUGGAUGCGCUGCCCACGAAUCCCACGCAGACAACAGGUCCCAUCCCCGACGCUGCUGCACCUUCAGCGUCAGCUUCCAGUUCGAGUGCGAGAGACAGUAAGAUUACGAUGGCGACAGUUCAGGUAAAAAUUGGACCUAGAACAUACGGUGAAAUGAUCCGCCUUCCACCUCUCUCAUCGCUCCUCAUCGCGGAAGAGCUUUGCAUAAAGUUGGUCGAUUUGGAUGAAGCUGCUGCAGAUUUUGAAUUCGCAUUUGUACGGUCUCUUUCGCGCCGGCUACGAACUGCGAAGGAGGCGAACGACCUACAGCUGGUCACUGUUUUGUUCUCGGAGACUCUCAUGUGGGGUCUAGCCAUCCGACUGUUCACCAUGCAGCAACUUGCCGAUCGCGACCCGUGCAUCUUACUCUCACUCCCGCGACUUGCUGUUCUGGUCGGUUUACGGAUAUUACCGGAUUCACCUAUCGGGCCUUCUCGUUUGGCCGCCGGGCGACGUCUACCUUAUAUGUUUACAAAGUCUCGCAGUGAUUUAGCCUACUUAACUCGGCAGUUGUAUGCGUUGCGGCUUGAUCAACUGUGCCGCCUGGUUCGUUGGCUCGGACCACGGGGCUUGCCAAAUUUCACAGGCAGUGGUCACUCAAAAGCCAGUUCGACAAAUCAGUCGUUUGGUUCUUCCUCUCCUGCCCGUCCUGGCUCUCCAGGUAAUCAGUGCGGGCAUUCGUCACCAGGUCGUCCGGUCCCAUGUCAGCGGAGUUCGGGAAGUCCGGUUCCUAGAAGUGGUCGUCUUUGGCGGACUCAUUUGGCUGGCCUGCAUCGAAUAUAUAAACGUGUCUCGGAGGUUGCUGAUCGAUUCAGCAAUGAAUAUCCUACUGAGCUGCGUUUCAUUCUCCAGUCCUGCGUUGAAAUGCAUGACACUAGUCGAGAAGUAGCUGCAAUCGCUCAGAUGGAAGGUCGGGACUUAGACGAGCAAGAUGGAGCCACUGAUAGUGGGGAAUCCAGUGAAGUGGCCUUAGAAGGUGAGGUCCACUUGGGGGAGCACGUUUUUGCUGACGCGUCCAAAUCCUACUCAGCUUUGGCGCAGUUACUCGACUGGUCUGGAGUUGUGAGCUGCCGGAAAAUCAAGCAAAGCCUCUCUGAUGUUUUAAAGACCUCAUGUUCCCAUUUUGAACGAACAAAGCCCGGCACACCUGAGCUCUCCCCUGGAUCGCCUACGAAACAUGCUGUCGAUGAGGCUAGCGAAUGUGAUCAACAAAACGAAUCACUUUCCCUGGAACUGGGAUUGGAUGUAGCCGCAUGGCUUGAAGACGAUAGACAGAGAGAUAACCGAAGUAGCCGUCAUGAGACCCAAGCUUCUUGUUUCCCCCGCUGUUCCACGGAGUUAAACAGGAAUGACGGUACAGCGACAGGCGAACCAAGUACAUUCAGUCAAAAAAUGAGCAAACUCAAUUUGGGCACCGCAGUCGAAGGAAAACGAACAUCAGACGACCGGCUGUUCCACUACCUACCACCUUGGCAGCCAGACAGAUUAGGAGACUUGUCCCCCAGUCAUACAGAGGCCACCGAUAGUGAUGAAUCCUCUGAAUCCGACCAAUAUAGUGAAUCAGAUCAAUCUCCUGUACUCGUGAUCGGACGCCGGUGUGCUUCGUGCCUCCAGUCAUUUACGAUAUUCCGUCGUCGGCAUCACUGUCGGCGUUGUGGACACAUUUUCUGCGGUAGCUGUUGUAACAAAUGGCAAACCGUGGAGGGACUGGCUACUACGAAAGCCGUGAGAAUUUGCUCAGAAUGCCACGAAUUUCUGAAUACAAGUGUAUAAUAUACAAUGGUUUCCAGAACCGUAUAAUCAUAUCAUGCCACACUGCACUCUGCCCACCCCAAGAGGCACAUCUAGUUACACUUACGGUUUCCGAGUGAGCAGAUGGUGUGAUGUCCACCUAUAACUAAAGCUGACUUUUACUUGGCCUCGCCUUAACUGAGUGACUUGGUCGUGCCUCACUCCAAGAUUCAACCUGUGAUUACUCUGUAUCCUUUACGAACACCUCUUUCUAAUUCGAUUUUUUUUCAUCAAUUCACUCGAACGAUUGUAUCACCCACAGCUGUAUCUUGUCAACUCAUUAUCCCUUACACAGUAGUGAUGCUUUGGCAU